AAGGUAAAUAUAUUAUCUCUUUCAGUCGUCACUCGUCACUACGUUGGUUUGCUAUCUAGGGUUUUGAACUUUUGAUGAGCGUGGGAGAUAUGUCGGCAUCAAAUGAUCUUCAAGAAGCCCUAAAACCCUUUCAUCAACGAGCUUCAGAAGCUGAGGAACGAUUGGCAAAACUUGAAGCGGCCUUGGCUACAAAGACAGUUGCAGACACUGGAAGUAAUGAAUCAUCAAAUAAAGUAGCCGAAUUGCAAAAACUGUUAGAAGAUGCAGAAUCAAAGAGACUAGCUGAAAGAGAAAAGGCAUUGAAGGAUUUGCAACGGGUUUCUGAAGAAAAUGCAAAGCUCCAUUACCGUAUAACUCAUCUUGUACGAGCAUUAGAGAAAAGCCAAUAGUGAUUUAGCUUUGAAAUGAAUCUAGCCCGUUCGGCUAUUAUUAUGUUCUACAUCUUUUUACCAUCAAUUUAUAUCAUACAUGCAUGAUCACAAGUAAGAUUCUGAUCAUUCUCCACUUCAUUAUUGUUUAUUUUUGUCCUGUCUUAGUUUCA